AUGACAUCCUGGACUGUCAUGACGAAAGAUGAGCUCGAAAGGCAGUAUUCACCCAGCCGGUGGUCACACAGGAUGGCGGCAGACGAUGUGAUCAAGGCCCACGUCAAGGCUUUAAAGGAAGGAACAGAGCGUGCACGCAAUCUCGCUCAAACGUUACUCAACGUGCCCUAUGGAGAAGGUGAAGGCGAAAAACUAGAUGCCUACAUCCCAACCACCAACUCCCUCGACGUACCUCUUGUUAUUUACUUCCAUGGAGGAUACUGGCAAUUUCUCAGUAAGGAGGAGUCCGGAUUCAUGGCAGUCCCACUCAUUGAGAAAGGCGUAGUAGUGGUGGCGGUGGGCUACGACAUUGCCCCCAGAGGUAACAUGGACUUGAUGGUCUCUCAGGUGCGCAGAAGUGUCGUGUCAGUCGUGCAGCAGUAUUCUCAUAUCAGCGGCUUGUAUCUGUGCGGGCACUCUGCCGGCGCUCACCUGGCUGCCAUGGUUCUUUCCACCGACUGGUCGCAGUAUAGCAUCAUACCUCAAAUCAAAGGUGCUUUUCUUGUCAGUGGUAUCUAUGACCUCUUGCCCAUCUUGUCUACAUACGUGAACGAACCAUUGAAAAUGACUGAGGAGGUUGCAAUAAGAAACAGCCCCAGCAAGUUGAUCCCACAGCUCAAACUCUCCUCCUCAGGCUGCCACAUUGUUGUAGCUGUCGCUGAGAAUGACUCACCAGAGUUUCGCAAGCAGUCAGAAGAUUACUACAAUACUCUGAAGGCAACUGGACUGAAUGCAACCUUGGAAGAUGUGUUGAACACUGACCAUUUCAGUAUCAUAGAGCAGCUAGUUGAUGGCAAUUAUCAUCUCACAAAGCUCCUGGUGAAGAUGAUGGGGAAAAGCUGA